AGAGGAAAACAGAGAGGCGAUGCCAACAUUUAAAGAGACAGGGGUGUAAAGCACAACUAGUCCCGGAGAAACCCUUUCAGGUAUUUCCAAUGCAUCUCAUUCUGGAAGAAGUCUUGUAGCACAUGUGUGCUUGAAUGGGGUAGCAGAAGAUGCAGAAAUCAUGGCAGGCUGAGUAACUAUCUGGUAGAGGAAUUAAAGAUGGCAGACAAGAUUAAAACAUCACGUACUAGUGAACUGGAGUUCGGUGGACCACUGGGAGCCCUUCUCUUACUCUUUGUUAUGCCUGGAACUGUCUUGUAUCUUCUGGUGACGUGUAGCACAGAAGAUGCCAGUGUACUGCGUGUACCAGGCCCUUGGCCCGCUUUGGACACUUUGUGGGACCCUUUUGCAGUGAUCUUGCUGCUUUCCUGGGUAUCUCUGCAGGCUGUGCUGUAUAUGCUGCCUAUUGGAAAGGUAACAGAAGGAAUUACUUUAAGAGACAACACCCGUCUGAAGUACAGAAUCAAUGCAUUACAAGCCAUGAUGGUGACUGCGCUCAUAGCUGCAGGAGCAGUGAUGUUUGGGUUCCCGCUCUCCUAUGUUUAUGACCAUUUCCUGCAGAUGGCAGUGGGAGCAGCAUUUAUAGCUCUAAUUCUCAGCAUUUUUCUUUAUGCCAAGUCCCUUGCAGCCCCUCAAUCAGCACUGGCACCAGGCGGGAAUUCAGGUAACCCACUGUAUGAUUUCUUCAUUGGACAUGAAUUAAACCCCAGGAUUGGCUCCUUUGAUUUGAAAUAUUUCUGUGAGCUUCGCCCUGGACUCAUUGGCUGGUGCCUAAUAAACCUUUGCUUCCUGAUGAAGGACAUUGAGCUUCGUGGCUCCCCAUCUCUCUCUAUGAUCUUGGUGUUUGGAUUCCAGGCUUUGUAUGUUGUAGAUGCCAUGAAGCAUGAGGAAGCCAUCCUCACUACAAUGGACAUUGUCCACGAUGGAUUUGGUUUCAUGUUGGCUUUUGGUGACCUGUGCUGGGUUCCUUUCACCUACUCUCUGCAAGGAUAUUUCCUAGUCAGGCACCCUCAGGAACUGAGCACUUAUGCUGCUGUUGGCAUCAUCCUACUAAACGCUGUGGGAUAUAUCAUUUUCCGAGGCUCUAACUCACAGAAGAAUGCCUUCCGAAGAAAUCCUGCCGACCCCAAAGUAGUUGGGCUUGAAACUAUCCCUACAGCAACCGGAAAACGUCUUCUUGUGUCUGGUUGGUGGGGCCUUGUUCGUCAUCCAAAUUACUUAGGAGAUUUAAUUAUGGCUCUGGCAUGGUCUCUACCCUGUGGACUCUCAAACAUCCUGCCAUACUUCUAUGUCAUCUAUUUCACUGUCCUUCUGGUGCACCGGGAGGCGAGGGAUGAACACCAGUGUAUGAAGAAGUAUGGAGUCGCCUGGCAAGAAUAUUGCAGAAGGGUUCCCUACAGAAUUUUUCCUUAUAUUUACUGAUCUACUCUGAACUCUCCGCUAUACCUCUGUCCCAUUUGGGCCUGGUUCCACAAACAAAUGUUUUCUGCUGAAAUGUUCUUGUAAGCUGCGUUCUGUUGCUAUACACUGCUUUCAUUUCUGCCAGUUAAUACAGACAAUAUAAAACAGAGGACGUAAUGAACCCCCAGGUAACAUACAGCUUAAUCUAAUGAAAUCAUUGCUAUAAUGACCAAUACUAAUUAGUGUCAGGUCACAUAGUAAAAAAAACAUGUAUUCAGGUACAGGGUUAUUCUACAUGUCCAUGUGCUACUUUGAAAGGAAAAACCUGCAUCUUAUAAGAGAAAAGCCUGAUUAAAAACUGGUACCUUAAUUGGCAGCAUGCUUGUGCUACGCACGAAUGAAGAUGCAGAAGUUAUCUUCCCAUUCAACUUCAUGUACAAUUUCAUACAUAUAGGAUUAGAUAUUUUACAUUGAUGCACUGACUUUUUUUUUUUAAACAAAAUAAUUUGCCCAUGUAAAUUACUUUUAAGCUGUCUAUUCUGGAGUGGAUAAAGCUGGGGCUGUCCAUAUUCUUAAUUUAUCUGACCCACCUCUUGCAGUCAUUCAGCACCUAUAACUCGCUAAUGAUCUACAUAGUAAGUGGGGUUGAUAAAAGACACAUCCAUCCAGUUAAACCUUUCAUGCAUAUAAAACCUGUCUAACUACUAACUGAUCCAAAGGAAUGCAAAAAAAAACCCCUUAUAAAGCCGCUUUAAUUUACCUGAGGGGAAAAAAUCCUUCCUGACUCCAGGUUGGCAAUUGGACCAGUUCCUGGAUCAGCUUGUAAACAUAUGCCCAUAUGGCUAUUCAGAUUUGCAGUUAUAGCUUUCCUACAGCAUACUACACAGGGGCAACUGGUAUAAAUUUACAUAUAUCCAGUUUGUAGUCUAUGGAGGUGUCAACAAAACCUGACUAAAUUUCUGCCAAAAAACAAAACCAGUUCUGUCAUUUACUGUGUUAACCCCUUUUCCACGCCAUUGGGCUAUAAUCAGUGCAAUAUAGUGCCUUAUUUUAAUCAAAAAGUAUAAAUCAAAACAAUUUAAUUUCUCAUUUGUUCAGAAACAUUUGCCUUCCACACUGUUUGGGUUUUAUUAUCUUUAUAUGGCAUAUGCCUGAAGCCUCCCUAUUUUUUAGCAGAAAUGAAAUCAUGAUGAAGUGCAUUACCUAUAUAUUUCUCACAUCUGUUCAAUAAAAUGCUCUGCCCCUAGUGUCCUAUACAGCGUCCUAGUCACAAAUUAUGAAGGAAUCAGUGAUGGCAGUGUUUUGCUUAACAUUGAGAAGUAUAACAAGUACCCUACUGGCAUUUUCCCCCUGACCUUGCAGUUUACAGAUCAUUCUCUUACAAGUCUGUUUCUUAGAUUAGGAACACCUAGGACCUUGGUGCUGAUGGGAAGAAAGUGUCAUUUCCAUUGUAUACAUAAAGUAAUAGGACAGGCAUGAAAAUUAAUGUUAAAGGAAACUGAAUGGGUUUUGAUGCAAUUUUAUAUAAUGUGUGUAUGGGAAAAGGGAGUGGUAUUGUGUGCAUCAAUAUACAAUCUUAAUUUAAAUUUUCUAUGAAAAAAAGAAUGUUUGACCUUUUUGUGACAAAUUAGAAUAAAGAGGAUUUUAGAAUGAAAA